AGAAGGAUAAGCAGGCUAAGGGGAUGCGUGAAAAAUGUUGGCCAUACUAUAAAGACUGGGGAAUUAUUUUUGGCGAGGAUCGUGCAACAGGCGAAUUUGCAAAGGAUCUUGAUGAAAUGAUUGGAGGGAAUGACAACGAGGAAGCAGAGCAUGAAAUUUACCCGACAGGAAUUAACAAUGAAAAUGAGACAAAUGGUGCAAGUCAUAGUACAACUCAAAGCAUGGAUGUUUCCACAGACACCCCAACUACCAAAAAGACGAAAAAGAGAAAGGUUUCGACAGCUGCCGAGGUCAUUGCAUGUAGCUUGGGUGAUAUGACAAGGGUCUUAGGUGAGUAUGUUGCUACUUGUGGUCGUAAGCUUGAUAAUAUUGCACAUAGGGUAGGCCAUGCCAAGAUGUUUCUAAAUCGAGAAGAAGAAUCGUUGUUGAGCUUGAGAAAAUUGGGUGGCUUGAUGAGGAUCUACUAUAUGAGGCUGGUUACAGAAUUGCCUCUGAUCUGGUUAAGGUGGACUUGUUCUUUAGCUUGUCUGACGCAUCAAAGUCGUCUUGGGUAAGGAAGUUGUUGUACGGAUCGAGCUACCAACAUGUGUAGGGUUAAGUAUGGUAUUUUGUUUUUUUGACGUGAUAUAGGUGAAAGUGGUCCACUUUUUUUGCUUGUUCACCUAUGUCCGUAUAUAAAAUAUGGUUUAGUAUGUUUGGGUGUUAUUUCUUAUGAAGUUUGAACAACUUAAAUGUACUUGCAUAAUGAAGUGAUGUUUAUUAACACUUGCCUUUUAUUGGUAUGCACUUGCAUAGAAAUGUACUAACAUGUGUUUAGUUACACAAGUGAUGUACCGGAGAACACGUUUUUACGUCGUGUUUGUUGGAAGACAAGUUGGUGUAUAUACAACAUGGCAUGAAUGUCGUGCAAGUGAAUAGGCACCCGAGUGCGUUGUACAAGUCUUAUGAUUCGUACGAUGAAGCUGAAAACGCAUUGCGCACGUACAUUGAGAAUGAAGAUGUAGUAAGAGAUGUCCAACAUGAAUGUGAAGUGGAUGUCCAUCAAAAUCAACCUCUGCCUAAUAUUUGUGUAGAAGAUGCAAUGGACAUUCCUCUAGCAGCCCCGAUAGUUGUUGGGCGCGAUGCCAAGGGCGAUGGAAACCGUAAUGUCGGUAACUAUCUCAUGUAUGGUGAUGUUUGUUUUGGCAUGAUGACAGCCCAACACUUCAAGGAUUUGGUAAUGCGGGUGAAAAGGAGACUGCCCGCAAUUUGCAUUGAUCAAAUUGACCUUGUCAAGAUUAGUUUUUUCUGGAAGAAAAAAUACUUCACUAUCAAGGCUAUGUUGAAGACGAGGAUGUUUGCUUGGGACUCGGUAAACUUGUGCGUCGUCGAAGGGCCGCUCGCUGGAGCGCGUGACUACCUACUGGCAAAUAAGUUUGCAAUAACACAUUGCAUUGAUCCAUGUCCUUUGUUCGAGAAAAUGGUGGAGGUUUUCGACAACGUGUCCCCGGAAGAGCUGAUUAAAAGUGUGGGCUCUUGUUCGGGUGGUUAUCCAGCAGAAGACAUAGAGAUUAUUGAUAUUUCUGAUUAAGCUUAGUCCCUGUCAGAGUAUGAUUGUAUGUACACUAUGCUUUCCACAUGCUAUUUUGGUUUUUGGGUAUGACUGUGUGUGGUAGUAGUUGAUGUUC